CUGAUCUGACGGCUGCGGAGAGUCAGCGGUGCUCUGUGAAAGUCAUGGCCGCUCAGUGUGAACCCUUAAGCGGAUAUUUACAGCAAUCUGAUCCGGGCUCCAACAGCGAGCGCAGCACUGAUUCCCCUCUGCCAGUGUCUGAAGAUGACUCCAGCGGACCCACGGCACCUCCGGACCCCGAGUGGACCGAGGAGAGGUUUCGAGUGGACCGGAAAAAACUGGAGAUCAUGUUAUUAGCUGCCACGGAGGGGCGAGUCAACGGAGGUGAGGACUUCUUUCAAAAGGUUAUGGAGGAGACAGAUACUCAGAUUGCAUGGCCUUCCAAGCUAAAGAUUGGUGCCAAAUCAAAGAAAGAUCCACACAUCAAAGUUAGUGGUAAGAGGGACAAUGUGAAGGAAGCCAAGGAGAAGAUCAUGUCUGUACUGGACACAAAGAGCAACCGCGUGACUCUAAAGAUGGACGUCUCGCACACAGAGCAUUCACAUGUCAUCGGCAAAGGGGGAAACAAUAUCAAGAAGGUGAUGGAGGACACGGGCUGUCACAUCCACUUCCCCGAUUCCAACCGAAACAACCAGGCUGAGAAGAGCAACCAGGUGUCUAUAGCCGGCCAGCCAGGAGGAGUGGAGGCCGCCAGAGCCCGAAUUCGGGAGUUACUCCCGCUGGUGUUGAUGUUCGAGCUGCCAGUCAUAGUACAGCUGAACCCUGACCCCAGCUCUCCUGCCAUCCAGCACAUCUCCCAGACAUACAACAUCUCUGUGGCCUUCAAACAGAGGUCCAGACUCUAUGGAGCGACAGGAGUAGUGCGGGGCUCACAGAAUAAUGCUGCAGCCGUGAAGAGGGGCACAGCGGUGUUACUAGAGCACCUCGCGGGCAACCUAGCCAGCGCCAUCACGGUCAGCACGCAGCUUGACAUCGCACCCCAGCACCACCUCUUCAUGAUGGGCCGCAACGGCAGCAACAUCAAGCACAUCAUGCAGCGCACAGGAGCCCAGGUCCACUUCCCAGACCCUAACUGCCCACAGAAGAAAUCCACCGUCUACGUGCAGGGAACCAUUGACUCUGUGUGUCUGGCCCGUCAGUACCUGAUGGGCUGCCUGCCACUGGUGCUGAUGUUUGAUAUCAAAGAGGAUAUUGAGGUGGAACCACAGUGCAUUACUUCCCUAAUGGAACAGCUUGAUGUGUUCAUUAGCGUCAAACCAAAACCCAAGCAACCUAGCAAGUCAGUUAUAGUGAAGAGUGUGGAGAGGAACGCUCUGAACAUGUAUGAGGCCAGACGCUAUCUGCUGGGUUUGGAGAGCAGCGGCGUAUCAGUCCCCACCAACACCAGCUGCAUCACCAGCAGUAAUGGCGGCAGUCCUCCGUCCAUCCCUCCCCCACCUCCAGCUCUCAGCUGCCCCGUGGGGCUCGACAUCUUGGCCUCUGCCGGCCUCGGCCUCACCAGCUUGGGUCUUCUGGGACCUACAACAGCCUCCAUGACAGGACAUUCCACCAACUCCCUUCUCAACGCUCUCAACAGCUCCAUCAGCCCAUUACAUACACCCACUUCUGGAACGCCCAGCCCCACUCUCUGGUCCAACUCUCUGGCCAGUCCAGCCAGCACACCAGGAUUCUCAUCGCCCUUGAUGAUUCACCCAGCCACCCAGGCCACUCUAACUAGCAUCUUGCUGUCAGGAGUACCAGGCUACACACAGAACACUCCAUCCCCUCCUCCUGGUCUCGCCCCCAUUGACGCACAAAUCAACGGGGUAUCAGACUGCAGUAAAGCUGUGUCCCCCCUCAGUAGUAAACAGCCCAGCACCAUGUACAGCAGAAUGUCUGCAGCGUCUCUCACAGACAAAGUUCUGACCGCAGCUCAUGGUGACUCAGUGCAGGAAGCCAGCCCUCACUGUCCUUCUGAACCGCUGUCCAGCAAGUCCAGCCAAGACCAAGGCUCGGAUACGUUCGUGGAAGUGGGCAUGCCUCGAAGCCCUUCUCACUCGGGAAACAGCAAUGAACUGAAGCAGAUGUUGGCAUCCUGUAAGACAUCGUCAGGAAAGAGGCAAGCCCUGGAGCUGCUACAGGGCACCAAGAACUCCCUCCUACAUUCAGAGUGUCUGUUGUCAGACUCUGACUCCAGCGCCUCGGAGAGUCCGGUGGCUGAUAAACGCGCUCCAGGCAGCGAGAGAGCAGCCGAACGGGCCGCUCAGCAGAACUCGGACAGAAUCCGCCUCCCUCCCCAGUCCUCCUUCUCCAGUAUGCAGGCGUUCGACUACGAGCAAAAGAAGUUAUUGGCGACCAAAGCCAUGUUAAAGAAGCCAGUGGUGACGGAGGUCCGUACCCCCACUAACACAUGGAGCGGUCUGGGCUUCUCAAAGUCUAUGCCUGCGGAAACUAUUAAGGAGUUGCGCAGGGCGAACCAUGUGUCUUAUAAACCUACCAUGUCAACUACAUAUGAGGGGUCGCCUCUAGCCUUGUCCCGCUCCAACAGUAGAGAGGGCAUGGCGAGUGGCAGUGACUCGGAUAAUUGGAGGGAAAGAAAUGGGAGCGGGCUCCCGACACACAGUGAUUUCCCCUCUCCCAUCAGCCCCAAAAGGAAGCAGAACAAAACAGAGCACUACCUAAGCAGCAGCAACUACAUGGACUGCAUCUCGUCAGUGACGGGAACUAACGGCUGUAAUCUCAACACAUCUUUCAAAGGAUCUGAUCUGCCUGAGCUCUUCAGUAAACUUGGCCUCGGGAAGUAUACAGACGUCUUCCAACAGCAGGAGAUUGACCUUCAGACAUUCCUCACGCUGACCGAUCAAGACCUGAAAGAGCUUGGCAUCACUACAUUCGGAGCCCGCAGGAAAAUGCUGUUGGCCAUCUCAGAGCUGAACAAGAACCGAAGGAAGCUCUUUGAGCCGCCCAACAUCCGCUCCUCGUUCCUGGAAGGGGGCGCCAGCGGUCGACUGCCACGACAGUUCCACACAGACAUUGCCAGUGUGAGCGGGCGCUGGUGAGCCCAUGCCAAUGCAUCAACAUAGGCCUGAACUGCACAAAUUCCCAUUCCCAACCUGACAUAAAGUACUGGACCAAAACCCGGACCUUCUGAAACUGUGCCAAAUAAACAAUGUCCAUGGAACAGAGGUUUAGGGUCAAAGAACUGUUGAAUAUUAUAUGCAGUAUGGUACAUUAUGCAAUAUGGUACUCAUGUUACAAUGAAGGAAAUGUUGUGAAGGAACAUUGGAGCUCCUGCACUGUCCUUGUAUAUGGUGCAGGCAGACUUUUAUUUAUAUGCUUGUCUUAGGCUUCGCCAUACUAAAUCUUUGCACUUUAAAAAAUGCUAAAUACUUAGUCUAUGGACAGAUUCGCCUGACUAGAUGUGCUUGGAUCUUACUUAAAGCACUUAAAUGGAUAUCAAGCCAAAGUGUUCUGCGCAAAUUAUCCAUAAGGGGAUCUUAUCUCAUCCCACAAGGCUGCACCACAGUGAAAUCACCAGCCUGUUGUUAUUACUGAUGGACCUUAGUCAGAGUAGACGGCAUUUGACACAAAUAGUGUACGUCUAUCCCUCACAGGCUUGUUUUCAUUCAGGUCAAAUUAAAUAUGACGUCUACCCUAACUAAGGUCCACUGUACAUUGUCUAUAUAUAUUAUUUCUGAACCUAUAAGUUGUUUACUCUUAAAGGGAUAGUACACAGAAAAAGGAAAAUUGUGCCAUAAUUUCCUGUAUGAUUUUUGUUCUUCUAUGGAACACAAAAGAAGAUAUUUUAAAGAAUGUUUCAGCUGUUUUUGGCCAUACAAUGAUAGUUAAUAGAGUGCAUUAGUUCUCGCUCAUUUUUUCCACAGCGUUGGUUCCAGAAGUAUUUUUCGAUUCAUUUUUGCCAUAGGGAUUAAAAAAAAAAAAAAAAAAAAAAAAGCAAAGAACAAUAAUGCAAACAGAUGCUUCAACAAAAUCAUAUACCAUUGGUUAACAGCCUUGGAGCUCACAAUAGGUCUAUCAAAAAAAUUACUUCAAAAUUGGAACCAAACUGUUUCACUUUAUAGGGUCCAAUACAACCUUCAUUGUAUGGACAAAAUAUCUUCUUUUGUGUAUCUGCAGAAGAAAGAAGUCACAGAGAAUUUUAAUUUGGAUAAGCUAUCCCUUUAGCUGUUGGUUUUAGAGGUUAGAGUCGGCCUGUCAGUAGUAGCUCUCUCAAUAGUGUCUCUCUUUAGCCUCUGACAGAAGUGCAAAUUACACCAGCUCUGUUUCAACCACCUUCCUGAACGCCACAGACCACAAGUCUUCACUGACCGCACUUGGAAUUCUUGUCAGAGCUGACCAUGGCUUAAUCUACGGCUUUUCUCCUGCACGCGACCAAAGUCUGUGCUGCUUUUCUUGAGCUCUAGACUUCCUACAUCGUCUAAAGCGGCUUGUUUACUUCUAUCUUCUCUCACCAUUGUUACGUUAUCCCAACGCGCUCGUUGUGUUCUCGUAUUCUUCGGAUAUUUCCAAAGCACGUCUUUCAAUUCUGACUAUAUCUAAAGCUGUGAAUGUUGCCAGAUGUACUCCAAAGGAUUGAUACCACCAAGUGCCUUUUGUCUUGCACUGACAACUUUUCCAAAGUAAUCGAAGACUAUCGAUCUCUCAAAGGUACAAAUGUUUUACUGGGAAGUACCACUUACAGAGUAAUCUCGCAGUGCAUUGCUUUAUCUUUACAUGUACGGUAUAUAUUUAGUACUUCCAUUUAGCUCUUAAGUACAUUGAAUUUGUACCUCACACGUGAUAGAGGUACUAUUUAAGUUUGUAUUUUGCAUAUUGUCUUAUUAUGUUUGUUUAUAGACUUUAUGUAGUUUGCUUUGAUAAUUUACAGACAGUAGCAAUCAACCAGUCAAUCAAUUUGUGUAAUAGUUUAUGAUGGUUUUUUUUGUUGUUUUUUUUAAAUUGAGACUGACAAAUGAGUGAAACAAUAGCUCUCUGUGUAGCCUAAAAAUAUUAUUAGUAAUAAUAAAAUGCAACAGACUAUGCAAAGAAUCACUUUGCCAUUUUAGGUUUAAAUGUUUCUGUUUAAGCACAUACGCUUUUGUGGUUUAUUGGUUGUUCCUUGUUUUUGUUUUAAAGCGAAUUAAUUUUAUAGACUUUGUUUUCCGUAAAUUGCUACUUUGUUAUAUCUUAGAUUAGUGCCUUUUAUAUGCAUCAAAUGCUACUUUAGUGAGAGACCGAUUGUAAUUCAUUUGUAGAAUUGUUUUGUUCUCUACCCAAGAGGGAAAAAUAAGGGACGUCUUAAUAUUCUGACAUGGCCUUCAUGUGGCCAGCACAUUUUUGAGUAUCUUUGACCAAAGUCAAAUGCGUAACCUCUGGGUUAUGAGGUUACAAACAUCAUGAGUGCACAAAUGUACAGAGCAGUGAAGCACAUCAACCAGUAUUAUUCUUCCAAAUGUUCAUUAAUUGGCCAGUGCCUUGGGAUUGACUUUUCUGUGAGCUUGGCGCAGAUUUUGUAAUAUACUCCAUUGUAUUGUUCUAUGAUGAUGGUCAUAAAUUUGUAUAAUUGCCAUAAGUUUGGUAUUGCUGAAUGUUCUUGAUAAGUUGAAGGUGUUAUGAAAGAAUAAAGCUUUUCCAUUUUAUGUUCCA